UACAAUGGAGCUUGUUAUAAAAUGCUUGCAUGCGAUUUAACAAACAUUGAAAAGUUGGAAAGUUUGCUUUUGAAAAUAUCAAUCAACCAAUCAGCACCAACUCUGCUCUUAUCAGAAGUUGUUCUAACUUACAUCAACCCAUCAAGUGCUGACAAGUUAAUAACUUGGAGUUGUGCCUUCUUCAGCAAUGCGAUAUUCAUUUCUUAUGAACAAAUCUAUCCUCAUGAUGAGUUUGGAAAUUUUAUGUGUGAACACUUUAAAUCAAUUGGCUCUCCCCUUAAAUGUAUCAAUAAAUACCCAACACUGUCAUCGCAAGUGCAAAGAUACUGCAACCUGGGUUAUGAGUCGAGCAUUGCUUGCUCAAUGGCUCAUUAUUACAUUCAUCAUAUAAAAGAUAGUGAGAAGUUUCGCAUAUUUAAGUUGGAACAAUUUGAUGAAGAUGAUGAAUGGUAUCUUAAAUGCUCUCAUUACUUCAUACUCAAUGCUUUCCAUGGCUCAUGCGUUCAUCUUGAAAAAGUUUUC